AUGACUUCUGAUAGUCGCAAGCCCGGACGCCUUCCCGCGCAAACACGACGUCAAAGGAUAUCGCCAUCCGCUGCCGCAUCUACUACUCACAUCAUCGCUUCGCCCACGUCCGCACCCACGCACUCACCAUUACAGUCGCCGUCGCCAUCGCCGUCGUACUCUUCCACGUCCGCCCACCUGCCCGCCGCCGCCGCAUCUACACAACCUUUCGCAGACCUGUCGCUCCCCAGAUCAACGUCAUCGCCAUUCCAGGAGCCAAGAUUGAAUCCUCUCGAGCGCAAUGAAGACGGCCAUGCUCCAUCUCUCAUAACCACGACCCCAGAGGUAUCGCGACGAAUGCCAACCCCGCCAACCGCCACUCCGACUGCCUCUGACCUGGAAACACAGCACCACAAACCGACAGAGGACAAGAAGCGCUCUCACCCUGAUCCACAUCAUUUCCGCCCUCCACCGCCUCCACUCUUUCCACCCACCUCGGCCCCCAACAUCACCCCUUCGCCGACCGACAAGCAAUCUUCUGUAUCCUCGCAGCCUCCAUCGCGUCCCUCCGUCUUCCAGUCCGUGUCCAGCAGCGCCAUUGACGCGCCUCCACUAANNAAAAAGAAGCCGCGUCUUUUACCACGCCACGAGCGCUUGACCUUUACUGGUCCUUCUAUAAAUCGCCUACAACCUCCAUCUCCCUUGUUCUUCUCAAACUCUCCGCGGCCGCGUCCGCACUUACCACCACGCUUCACCUCAUUCGAGGCAGGAGCUACGAUGCUGAGCAAGGCCAACAAUGAGGAGAGCCAUGUCAAGACCGUGACCCUGGCGCGUGGCACUAUUCAUAACUCGUUGCGUCGCUCCAUCGACCGCUCGAGCACUGCCCGUAGUGCUUCACCUGAUUUGCGUGGUGAAUUGUCCCUCAACUCCAUUGGCAUACUCGAACUCCUCGACCAUGACGACCGUCCUGCCAUGAUAAUCGACUUGGCAGAUGGCAACAACACUACAGAGCCGUCGCUAAGACCCGUUUUUAUAAAUAGGGCUUUGCGCUCAUCUACUCAUCUUCUCAACGCUCUGACGGGCAUUAGUCGAGAUGAAAAGGAAGCCACCUUUGAACAAUUCAAGGCAUGGGUACUCGGAUCGCAAGCUAGUGGGGAGCCUCUCAGUGUACCUCUACCAACCCACAUUUUUGCUGGCACCAGCUGGUCGUGUUCGACCCUGCGCAAGAGAUUGCGUAUCAUCAGCGGUGCCUCGGCUGCCAUGACUUCUAAUGGUGCCCUGGCCACCUCUGCAAGCCGCCAAUCAUCCAAUUCGACAUCAACAUCAGCCAUGUCUAUUUCCCAAUCGUCUUCGUCUAUACCCAUCUCUAGUUCUGCCCUGCCUACAACUGUAGAAGAGCCAGAUGACUAUUUUGGUAGUGCAGCACCUGCUCCCACUUUAGCUCCUGCACAAGUUUCGCCAUCCAUUAUACCUUCAACCGAAGCAGUCAAUGACGACAAGUCUCAACCGACUUGGCCACGAUCGCUUUCACUCGACUCUCGCAAAAUCUCGCCGCUCAACGUCCGUGACACGACGCUACUUGAUACUCAUCCUUCUUUUAUCAAUGAGCAAGUACUUUGCGCACAAACUGCGGGCAAUGUUGACUGGUUCGAUAGUUCGUCGGCUGGCUCUUGCCAGGAAGGCCCUUCUUUCGACUGGACGCGCUUACCCAUAAGCGAUUCAAUGCCUCCGCACAUCAAGUUUGCACGGAGCAUUGAAUGGGAAAAGACUCCACUAGGCUCUAUUGAUAACUGGUCAUCAGAUUUGCGCCAAAUGUGUAAUCUCAUCAUGGCCAGCCCUCAUCCGGCUGCCAUGUAUUGGGGCCAAGAAUUGGUUGCUAUUUACAAUGAAGCCUAUGUCAUGUUGGCUGGACAAAAGCACCCGGCUCUAAUGGGUCAACGUUAUGCGGAUGCGUGGUCCGAGAUUUGGCCUGAUGUCAAGGAUGUGUUUGCCAAUGCGCUCAAUACUGGUGAAGCAACCAUGAAAGACGACGAUCGGCUAUUCAUCAUGCGCAAUGAUUACCUUGAAGAAACUUACUUCUCUUGGUCCAUAAUUCCCAUGGUCGGCGGUGACGGCAGCGUCAUGGGUUUGUAUAAUCCUGCUUUCGAAAAGACGAGGCGAAAGCUUGCAGAGAGACGCAUGAUUACGCUCCGCGAAAUUGGUGAACGCACUGCUCCAGCAAGAGAUGUCAAGGGAUUCUGGGGUCAAGUCCUUGCCGCUUUGGAUUUGAAUGAACACGACACGCCCUUUGUCAUGCUGUACUCUGUUCAGGACGAAACUGAUAGUGAUGCUUCAUCCAUUCAUUCUAGCAGCGCCAUGACAAACAGGCAAUGCGUUCUUGAAGGUACUCUGGGUGUGCCUGAAGAUCAUCCUGCAGCAGUCUCGUGCUUUGACCUAAAGAGUGGCAUGGAAGGUCUUGGUCCAGUCUUUCGUGAAGUGAUGAAGACUGACAAGCCUGUUCUUCUCGAGGUUGGUACAGACGAUCUUCCUGCUAACCUCUUGGAAGGGCUCGGUGGGCGAGGGUUCAAUGACUCUUGUCGCAAUGUUGUGAUUUGUCCCAUACAUCCAACCACUGGGGAAGCUGUGCUUGGUUUCCUUGUCCUGGGUGUCAAUCCUCGAAGACCAUAUGAUGAGGACUACAGUCUAUUCAUACAACUGCUCAACAGGCAGCUUGCAACUUCCUUGGCUUCUGUUGUUCUCUUUGAAGAGGAAAUUCGUCGAGGCCAANAAGCGGCCAAGCUUGCCGCGAUCGAUAGAAUGGAGCUUUCUGAACAGUUGGCGGCUCGCACCAAGGAGGCAAUCGAGAGUGAGACAAAGUUUACAAGGAUGGCAGAAUUUGCACCUGUCGGCAUGUUUAUAGCCGACUCAAAAGGCACCAUUACCUAUUGCAACGAUACGUGGUUCGAAAUCUCUCGAGUUUCUAGAGAUGAAAACACUCCGGACCAUCACUGGAUGGACGCUGUCAACGACGAGGACCGCCCACUCAUCAACAAACUAUGGCAUGAUCUCAUCGUCGACAAGAAGCCACAAACUGGCACUUUCAGAUUCAAGUCAAAAUGGCAUGGUUCUGAAGGACUAGAAGGCGAUCGAUGGGUGCUAUUCUCAGCCUAUCCAGAAAAAUACGAGGAUGGAAACCUAAAAAGUGUUUUUGGUAGUCUAACAGACAUCAGCAAGCAAAAAUGGGCCGAAGGGUUCCAGAAACGCAAAAUGGAAGAGGCUGUAGAGCUCAAGAGACAACAAGAAAACUUCAUCGAUAUAACUUCGCAUGAGAUGCGCAACCCGCUUUCGGCAAUAUUGCAGUGUGCCGACGAAAUAACUACCACGAUGAGUCGGCUCAGAGACGGCCUCGGCGGUCAACCUUUAUUGGUCGCACCCAUCGACAAGUUCCUCAAAAGGGUCAGAAUGNCCGAGGAGACAGUCGACGGUAUUCUUUCAAGCACAGUGGACUCGGCCCAGACCAUUGCUCUUUGCGCACAAGUAAGUCUUGCCCUCUUGUCACAUAUUUGGACUCAUGCUUACUUGAUAUUAGCAUCAAAAACGAAUGUAAGUUUUUCGAGGCUUGUUCUGUCGUUUAGGUAUUCUAUCCUUCAGCCGUACUUACUUGAAACCUACAGUGUCGAUGAUAUCUUGACCUUGAGCAAGCUUGAUUCGCAAUUGCUGCUGGUCACUCCCGUAGACGCACAACCUCUUACAGUAGCGCAACGUGCAUUGAAAAUGCAUGAAGGCGAGCUCCAAACUGCCGACAUUCAACUAAAAUUUGUUGUUGAUGAUUCAUACAAGAAGCUCGGUAUCGACUGGGUGAAAUUUGAUCCUUCCCGCGUUUUGCAAGUAUUGGUAAGUACAGCGUCGGCAUCGUGCUGGACUUGGGACUAA